GCCGCUCAAAUCAGUUGCCUUUCGGCCGCUAUCGUGCGCAGAUUUGUUUAGUUGACACUUUGCACUGUAUUUGCAUGGGAACUAUACCAGAUUUAAGGCUAUUAAAGUAUCCUUCAAAAACUAUUUAUUGCACAGAAACCAUAUUAUUCCCAGAAUACAAUCAUGUUUGACAACUCGAUAAAACCACAUCCGGAGGCCAAUGGAGUUUCACAUAAUGCUGCAGGAGAUCGAGCGAUUAGUACUGUCAUUAAUAUGGAACCAGAAACUGAAAGUCCAGUUGGGAUCUUCACCUUACAACCAGAAAAGCAAAGACAGCAAGCAGAGCAGCUCCAAUCCGAAUCCGACAGAAUGGCCAAUUUCGACGAUACGUUGCAACGCGCCCGCCUCGCCUUUUCCAGUGGAAAGACCAGGAACGUCAGCUUUCGACGCAAGCAGCUGGAGAAUCUGCUGCGUUGCUAUGAGGAGCACGAGCAGGAGAUCAUCAGCGCCUUGGAGGCGGAUCUGCGGCGGCCCAAGCAGGAGAGCCUCAUCGUGGAGACCGAGUUCAUGAAGAACGACAUCAGGCACAUUCUGUUCCACCUCGACGAGUGGGUGCAGUCGGAAAAGCCCUCCAAGCCUUUUGUGAACCUGAUGGACGAUGUCCAGAUCCACAACGAUCCGUUCGGCGUGGUCCUGGUGAUCGGCGCCUGGAACUAUCCGCUGCAGCUGCUGCUCGUGCCCGUGGCUUCCGCCAUCGCCGCCGGAAACUGUGUGGUGAUCAAGCCCAGCGAGAUCGCCGCCAACUGCGCCAAGUUCAUUGCCGAUGUCAUUCCAAAAUAUUUGGAUAAUGAUUGCUACCCAGUUGUCUGCGGUGGACCAGGCGAAACCGCUGAGCUGCUCAACCAGCGAUUCGACUACAUCUUCUACACGGGCUCGACGCGCGUGGGGAAGAUCAUCCACGCUGCGGCCAACAAGCACUUGACCCCCAUCACCUUGGAGCUGGGUGGCAAGAGUCCCUGCUACAUUGACAAGUCGGUGGAGCUGCGCACAGCGGUGAAGCGCAUCCUGUGGGGCAAGCUGAUCAACUGCGGACAGACCUGCAUCGCCCCGGACUACAUACUCUGCUCCAAGGAGAUGCAGGAGAAGUUCAUCGCGGAGGCCAAGGACGUGCUGAAGGAGUGGUACGGCGAGAACAUUCAAGGCAGCCCGGAUCUGAGUCGCGUCAUCAAUGCCAACAACUUUCAACGCCUUCUGGGUCUGAUGAAGUCCGGUCGCGUGGCUCUGGGUGGCAACUACGAUGCCGGCGAGCGAUACAUUGAGCCCACCAUCCUGGUGGACGUUAAGGAAACGGACCCCGUCAUGGAGGAGGAGAUCUUCGGCCCCAUCUUGCCCAUUUUCAACGUGGAGAGUGCCUACGAUGCCAUCAAGUUCAUCAAUUCCAGAGAAAAGCCACUUGUAAUUUACGUGUUCUCCAACUCGAAUAAGCUAGUCAAAGAGUUCAGGACCAACACCACCAGCGGCGGAUUCUGCAGCAACGAAACUAUAAUGCACGUUGGAGUUGAUGUGCUGCCUUUUGGAGGCGUUGGCAUGAGCGGAAUGGGCCAGUAUCAUGGAAAGUAUGGCUUCGAGACCUUCACACACAAAAAGUCCUGCCUGGGCAAGAAUUUGGCGGCCCUUGGCGAGAAGUUGGCAUCAGCACGUUAUCCGCCGUACUCGGAUAGGAAGGGAUCGAUUCUGUCCUUCCUGCUGCGCAAGCGUCGUCCGCUGCCCAACCUGCACCUCAGCCAUGUGGUGGCCGUUGGUCUGGGCGUGGGAUUGACGGUGCUGGCCAACUUCUAUCUACAGGUAAGAAAGGGCAAGUUGCUGUCGCGUUAGACACGAUGAUGGAGCCCGGAGUUAAGUGCAGCCUGCGCCAGUGGGCCUUACCAUUUACUUUUGGAAUUGUUUGCAAUAAAUAAAAGCUCAACUGACUAGAAACCGAAAACCUUUUUUUAAUUUUUUAUACGCAUAUCGCUGGGUGAUGUAAAGCUUUGGAUACUUUGUUUUAAUAAUAUAGUUAUUGUUAUUUAGUUGCUAUUUAAUGAAUUGUGAAUGCUAUAAUGUAGUGUACGAAAAAUAAACAAUAUAAAAAUACCA